UAUAACAAUGAGCAUGAAAUAACUGUUUCUUAUUUUGCCUUGAAAGGUCAUGUCAUUAAGGGAAUGGAGAAUGAGAACCAGACUAUGGCUAUUGAAUUUCUCUUCACUGCAUUCCCCCACUUCCAGGAGGGAGGUUUUCUUUUUUUCUUCCUCCUUCUCCUCAUUUACCUAUUCAUAAUCAUAGGCAACUCCAUGGUUUUUAUUGCUAUCAUUCUAGACUUUCAUCUCCAUACCCCCAUGUACUUCUUCAUUGGUGUUCUCGCUUUCCUAGAGAUUUGGUACACCACAACCACCAUCCCAAAGAUGCUCACUAAUCUGAUAAGUGAGCAGAAGACUAUCUCCAUUGCUGGUUGCCUCCUGCAGAUGUAUUUUUUCCAUUCCAUUGGUAUCACUGAAGCUUAUCUUUUGACCACCAUGGCCAUUGAUAGAUAUCUGGCCAUCUGUUACCCUCUCCGCUACUCAACCAUCAUGACUUCACAACUUUAUAUUCGACUGACCCUAGGCUGCUGCUUCUUUGGUUUCCUUACGCCACUCCCUGAAAUUGCCUGGAUUUCCACACUGCCAUUUUGUGGUCCAAACCAAAUUAACAACAUAUUCUGUGACUUUGACCCCAUACUGAAUCUAGCUUGUGUAGACACAGGCUCUAUUGUGUUGAUUAAGAUCGUGGAUAUUGUCCAUGCCAUGGAGAUCAUCUCAGCCAUCUUGCUGGUGACUUUGGCCUACAUUCGGAUCAUUGGGGUCAUUCUAAGGAUUCAGUCAUCUGAGGGACGUCAUAAGGCCUUCUCCACCUGUGCCUCCCAUCUUGCUAUUUUCUUGACCUUUUUUGGGAGUGUAGCUCUCAUGUACUUGCGCUUCAAUGCCAAGUACUCCUUUUUUUGGGAUACUACCAUUAGUUUAAUGUUUGCUGUGUUAUCUCCUUUCUUCAAUCCCAUUAUUUACAGUCUGAGAAACAAGGAAAUUAAAGGGGCCAUCAAAAAAUAUGUGUUCCAAUCAAAGAUUUUCAUAUGUUAUGCCAAUUAAUUAAAAUGGUGUAACUACUGAAAACUGGAGACUGAAAAGCUUUAAGGACUAAAACUCCUGGCUUCCUUGGCUUCCUUAAGUUCCAAUUAAAAUCCCACCUUCUACAGGAAAUGUAUCUGAAUCCCUGCCAAGUCUAGUGUCUUCCCUCUCUUGGUUAUUUCCUAUUUAUCUGGUAUAGACCUUGU